CCAUAUCAAUUUUGGCAAUAUGUUAAGGAUGAGGUACCUGAGCUUGCAUAUAUUAGUCAACAUAUAUUCUUUAUUGUAGUUAACUUUGCAAGUGUUGAACGUUUAUUUAGUGAUAUGGAAUUUAUUCAUUCAAAGCGCCAAAAUCGCUUUAAUAGAAAAAAGAUUAUAAAAAUAGCACAACUUCGAGCUAAUCAACAUAUACGAAAACAAGAAAAAGUUUACAAACAAGCAAAUAAUGUAAAUAUUGAAAAUGAGAUUAUAUCUAACGAAUGUAAUACUGAUGAAGAAGAGUCUGAAGAGUAUGAUGAAGAAUAUGAUCAAGUACAUAAAGAAACAGAUGAAAUUUAUAAUAAUAGAAUUUUAUAUCCAGCUAAUAAUCCCAAAACAAAAUGGGAAUUAA